GCUUCUUACAUUCGUCAUGUCCUCAACAGGCGCAACUGCACGAGACGGUUCAUGGAAGACUAAAGAACAAGGAGACGAAGCACGAUACGCCAAUGAGAAGGAACAAGCACAACUUGCCUCUCUACGUGACCAGCUCGCAAAGAAAGGGGAGGGUGAGGAAGAGUUUUCGAAAGAAAGAGACUUUGAGGGUGGGCAUGGCGGUCAAGAAGAUUUAGAAGACCGAUACGCGGCGACAAGUGGCGAACACUGAACAUGCUGUAGCUCCCACUCAUCAAUGCACUCUUAUGAUAAAUGAACGGAACACUUCAGAACAAGAUACCCAGCAGAGCCGGCCCAGCCGGGAGACUAGGAGACUGCAAUAAUCCUAUUAGUAUAAGGCCCCCUUCGUGUGAACGGCUUAACGUUAGGUUAGGUUAGGUUAGCCUCGUUAUGUCACAUAUUGUAACACUUGUAACACUUCAUCACACUCGCCGCGUGCGACACCGUUUGCUGCAUCUGCCAUCGCAAAAUGACCCGUUUAUGCCUUCAACCUCGGCAUAC